GAAAGAAGAAAAUGAUAAGGUUCAAUGGUUUCGAAUCGAUCUGAUAUUAUCGGAAUUUCUGCUGUAUCAUUAAGGUAUAACGAACCAGGAUUUUGUAGUUUAAGAAUCUACUGUUAUUGAAGUGCCAAUAAGGACAGAAAGGCUGUGAGAAGGGAUACAGGUCCAACUCAUUGGAAGUGAGAUAAUCAUCUUGCUGUGUGGCAAGACAGAUCAAGUUACAAAAUUUGUACAAGAAGAUCUACCAAAAUCUGUGAUCUAACCAAUUAUUCGAUUUCAGUCUCAAAAUGGCUGACAAUGGAACCAAACACCCACCAGGAUCUGCUGGAAUUCCUUUACUUGGAGACAAAUCUUAUGAUUUUUAUAAAGAUCCACCAAGUUUUUUUGAGAAGAAUGCCAAACAUUAUAAAAGUCGUGUGUUUUUAACUCGAUUCCUGCUCAAACCAACAGUAUUUGUUGGGUCAAGUCAAGGUUUAAUUGACAUCUUUGCCGAUAAAGACAACUGUAAUGAGUUGGGAUAUAAAACUUUUCUGGGGCAGAUUUUUGGUGAAAAUAUUCUUUUUACUGAUGGUAAGCCUGCUGAACAGCUACGAGAAGCGUUAUUUCAGUUGUUUACUGAUGAUUGUAUCAAAACAUAUCAACAAACAGUCGACAGAAUUGUGGACAAGGCAAUCCAGAGCCUAGACACAAGUAAACCUCUUUGUAUAUACGCCUUUUUUAAACGACUAGUGACCGAGAUCUGUUUAACAUUAUUUCUGGGCCUGGAUUUUGAUGAAAUGAAAGAUCUAAGUGAAACCAUUAGUUCUUUAACUACAACUCACUGGCAUGGAAUAAUUUCAAUGCCAUUAUCAGUAAAAGUGCCUGGAUUAGGAAGUCAGUCGACUUAUAGUAAAGCUCUACAAGCCAAGAUAGAGCUAUUAAAAGUGAUAGAAGCUAGAAGAAAAGAGGAUAAAAAAGGUUUCCAUGUAAAAUUAGAAGAGAUAGAUGAACUAGAUGAUUCAACCAUUAAUAAUCAUCUACUGCUCUUUACGUCUGCUCUGGUACCUAAAGCUAUAUCAUCAUUAUUAACAUCAUUUAUAGUUGAGACUGGAAAACCAGAUAAGAUCUCGUGGCAGAAAGCCUGUUUAUUAGAUGAAGAAUUCCAUGAACAUCUUUUACUGGAAGUUCAGCGUUUUUAUCCUCCAUUUUUUGGUGGAAGACGAGAGGUUAUUAAGGAUUUUGUAGUAGAUGGAUAUACAAUACCAGCAGGACAAUCUAUUGUCUAUUCUACGACUGCUGCCCAUCGUGAUCCUCUCGUAUUUAAUAACCCAGACCAAUUCUACCCUGGUAGGUGGAACACUAGUAAUAAAGAAGAACUAAAGAAGAAGUUAUUUUGUUUUGGUAAAGAUAAUAGAAGCUGUGUAGGAGACCGAUUAGUUUGGGUUAUAAUUAAUACAAUACUAAAGAAAAUGAUGACGAAAUAUGAAUGGAGUUUGGUAGAAAACCAAGACAUUAAUUACAAAUGGCUGCCAGUGUCAAAACCUAAAUCAGGAGUAAUUUGUCAAUUGACUGAAAGAUCAUCUUGA